AUGACAGGCAAUGUCUGGCGCGAUCUCCUGGCAUUUGCUCGAUCGCGAGCAUGGGUCCUCCCAGCCUUGACCCCGCCGCUGACUGAGCCUCCGAAGCCGCAGCCAAGUGAUCCACCAGCAACACCGGACAUGCUGUGGACGGAUUUACAAAGAGAGCAGAAGGCAGUGGGCUGGAUGAGGGCGCGGCUUGCCGGCGGAUGUUGGCAAGCCUACUGCAGUUUGUGUGAUCGGUUUGCCGAAGAUGGCCACUUGGAGAGCAAGGCGCACCAGGACAAAAAGGAAGAUCCGCAGAAGCACCUGGCAUCCCAGAGCCGCCUGCAGGGCUUCUUCGUGCGGCUCCAGCUGGAGCCAGACGAGGAGCCGGGCCUCUGUGCUUCCGCGGGUGCGAGCCGUCGCGCGCCGGAGCGUGCGAGGGUUCUGGGCGUCGAGCCGGGCUCGGUGCUGGAGCGGUGGAAUGUGUGGGCUCGGCAGUUCGACCUGGAAGUCCUCGAGGGUUCAGUGAUCCUGGAAGUAGACGGCUUGACGGGGCAAAUGGCCACAGACGCCCUGGAGGCACUCUCGGCCGGUGGCUCAGGCCCCAGGAAGCGGAGUCUUGGCUUCACGGUUGCGCUUGGCGCCCAGAGCAGUGACGAGGAAGGCGAAGAUGACACUGCUUCCCCGGCAAGCCAAGGGUGGGAGAGCAGCUAUGCGGGCUAUGCCGGCUAUGCUGGCUAUGCUGGCUAUGCUUGGCCUCCGCAAAGCUCCGCCGAACACCAGUGGCUCAGCGGACCAGAGGCUCCCGAUGGUGCGAGCAUGACCGGGACGGCCUUGGACGAGGGCUGGCCGUCCGUCUUGGAGCUGAGCGGUCAAGGAGUGCUGUGGCAGGCUCUUCGGGAUGGCAUCCAAGCCAAGGAAAGCCGGCACCUGGACUCCGCCCAGGUGGGCCCACCGCUUUCACAGCACGAGACAGUGCUCCAAAUCGAUAGUUGCGCUCGCCUCUGGAAUGGGCUACUUCGAAUGAAUGUGGCCACAGCCGGAAGCAGUGCGUGGGUCACUCUCGAUGCUAGGGCUUGCGCAAACGGGAUUCUGUUCUUCAGCCCCGGAUGUGCUGGGUGUCUAUGGCAGGUGGUCAAGACAGUUAUUGUCAGGAGUGAGGUGACUCUGGAGUCCGCUGAGGUGGCACAGCUGUCCCAAGGGACGGUCGUCUUGCAGACUGGCCCGUGCCAGGAACAUGGAAAGACGCUCCGAAUGCCAGUCUGUCUGAUGGGCUCCUGGGGUUGGGUGACUUUGUCAGCACGAGCUGCCGGGGCGCCGCUAUUGCGGUUUUACCUUCCUGGAGGUCACGGCAGUUGCUGGAAAGCCUUGGGACAGCUCAAGUGCCGAAAGGCUGCAUCUCUGCAGUCUGCACCUGUCGACCCGCCGGUCGAAGCUUCGGAGACAGUUCGUCAGCAUGGUGAGAUAGAGCUGCUCGAGAAUGGUAUCUUGCGCCUCCCAAUCACAAGGAGUUCCCGGAUGGAAGUUGCCUGGGUAACCUUGGAUGCACGUUGCGCCCGGGCUGCCAGCGGUAUCUCGGGAGAUCUAUAUCUCGAGUUCGUCAGCCACGCCUCUCAGUUCUGUGGCCUUCAUGUUUGA